AUUCUGGAAAUUACCAGUUUUCCAAGGUACUUGAAGUUUUUUUUCUUCAGACUUACCAUUGUAAUAUGUGCUCUUUCUGCAGACAGCAAAGCCAUUGUAGAUGGGAACCUGAAACUCAUUUUAGGACUCAUAUGGACAUUGAUUCUUCACUACUCAAUUUCCAUGCCAGUAUGGGAUGAUGAAGAAACCGAAGAGACAAAGAACCAGACACCUAAACAAAGGUUGCUUGGUUGGAUUCAGAAUAAGCUUCCUGACCUGCCGAUCACUAACUUCAACAAAGACUGGAGAAGUGGAAAGGCAUUGGGUGCCCUGGUUGACAGCUGUGCCCCAGGUCUGUGCCCUGACUGGGAGGCUUGGGAUCCCAACAAACCUGUAGACAAUGCUCGCGAAGCUAUGCAGCAAGCAGAUGACUGGCUUGGAGUGCCCCAGGUGAUUACCCCAGAGGAAAUCAUACACCCAGAUGUAGAUGAGCAUUCUGUAAUGACCUACUUCUCACAGUUCCCCAAGGCCAAGCUUAAACCUGGAGCUCCCUUGAAACCUAAGUUGAAUCCUAAGAAAGCCAGAGCUUAUGGUCCAGGAAUUGAGCCCACGGGUAAUGUUGUGAUGCGUCCUGCUAUGUUUACUGUUGAAACAAUCAGUGCUGGGAAAGGUGAAGUGAUCGUCUUUGUGGAGGAUCCAGAAUGUCAAAGGGAAGAGGCAAAGGUGACCAACAACAAUGACAAGAACAAGACUUACUCAGUGGUUUAUGUGCCAAAGGUUGCAGGAAUACACAAGAUUACGGUUCUGUUUGCUGGGCAACACAUAUCUAAGAGCCCCUUUGAGGUGAGCAUUGACAAAGCUCAAGGUGAUGCAAGUAAGGUGACUGCGCGAGGACCUGGCCUGGAAACUGCAGGAAACAUUGCCAAUAAGCCAACCUAUUUUGACGUCUACACAGCAGGUGCUGGCAUAGGUGAUGUUUCAGUGGUCAUACUGGAUCCUCGAGGCAAAAACAUUGAAGUAACUGUUGAAGACAAGGGGAACAAUGUCAUUCGCUGCAGCUACAAACCUGUGCAAGCAGGACUGCACACAAUCAGGAUUAGCUUUGUUGGCACGCAGAUUCCAAAGAGCCCAUAUUCUGUUACCGUCGGUGAAGCUUGCAAUCCCAAUGCCUGUCGUGCCACUGGACGAGGCCUACAGCCUAAAGGCCUCCGAAUUCUUGAAGUUGCAGGCAUCAAAGUUGACACCAAAGCAGCUGGAAGUGGUGACCUGCAUGUUGUGGUGAAGGGACCAAAAGGACUGGAGGAGCCUGUGAAGCAAAAGACUCAGGAUAUGGGGGAUUCCUUUACCUAUGCCUAUGAGUACUACCCCAUUAUUCCUGGGAAACACAUUGUUACCAUCACUUGGGGAGGCCAUAACAUUCCCAGGAGUCCAUUUGAAGUUCAGGUUGACCCUGAAGCAGGACCUCAAAAAAUCCGUGCCUGGGGGCCAGGCCUGGAGGGAGGAAUUGUUGGCAAGUCAGCAGAUUUUCUGGUGGAAACUAUAGGAACAGAUGCUGGUGUGUUGGGUUUUGCAGUUGAAGGGCCCUCUCAAGCAAAGAUUGAAUGUGAUGACAAGGCUGAUGGCUCCUGCGAUGUGCGCUAUUGGCCUACAGAACCUGGUGAAUAUGCAGUGCAUGUUUUGUGUGACGAUGAGGAUAUUAAGGAUAGUCCAUUCAUGGCCAACAUCCAACUUGCCUUAAAUACUUCCAAUUCUGACAAGGUUAAAGCCUAUGGUCCUGGCUUGGAGAAGACUGGCUGUAUUGUUCACAAACCAGCUGAGUUCAUAGUUGAUGCUAAGGCUGCUGGGAAGGUACCCUUAAAAAUCUAUGCCCAAGAUUCUGAGGGUUUUCCGAUAGAUGUUCACAUAAAGAACAAAGGUGAUGGAAUCUUUGCCUGUUCCUACACUCCAACCAAACCGAUCAAGCACACUGUUGCAGUUUCCUGGGGUGGAGUUAAUGUACAACAAAGUCCCUUCAGGGUUAAUAUUGGUCAGGGAAGUCAUCCCCAGAAGGUCAAGGUGUUUGGUCCUGGUGUGGAGAGGUCUGGUUUGAAAGCAAAUGAACCCACUCACUUUACUGUGGAUUGCUCAGAAGCUGGAGAAGGUGAUGUCAGUGUUGGUGUGAAGUGUGACGCUCAUGUACUUGGUGAAUCUGAGGAGGACAUUGAUUUUGAAAUCAUUACAAACCCUAAUGAUACUUUUACAGUGAAAUAUGUGCCACCAGCUUCUGGACGCUACACCAUUAAAGUGCUGUUUGCUGGGGAGGAAAUUCCCAUCAGCCCUUUCAGGGUUAAAGUGGAGCCCUCUCAUGAUGCCAGCAAAGUUAAAGCUGAAGGACCUGGAUUGAAUAAAACUGGAGUGGAGCUGGGGAAGCCAACACAUUUUACUCUGUUCACAAAGGGUGCUGGGAAGGCCCCACUUGAUGUGCAAUUCACUGGGUCUGCAAAGGGAGAAGCUGUCCGCAACUUUGAAAUAAUUGACAAUUAUGAUUACUCUCACACUGUCAAGUAUACUCCAUUGCAGCAGGGUAAUGUUGGAAUUGCCGUGACCUAUGGUGGCGAUCCAAUUCCUAAGAGCCCCUUCAGUGUAGGAGUAGCCUAUCCACUGGACCUGAGUAAAAUUGCAAUAAAUGGCCUGGAAAACAGGGUAGAAGUUGGGAAAGACCAGCAGUUCACAGUAAACACAAAGGGAGCUGGUGGACAAGGUAAAGUGGAUGUGAAGAUCUCCAGCCCUUCACGGAAACCUGUGCCCUGUGUGGUGGAACCAAUUGUUAGUAAGGAUGCUAGUGUUGUAAAGUACAUCCCCAAGGAAGAGGGGGUCUACACAGUAGACAUCACCUAUGAUGAGAAUCCUGUUCCAAGUAGCCCCUUCACUUUAGAAGCCAUACUUCCACCAGAUCCCUCAAAGGUUAAAGCUUAUGGACCAGGACUGAAAGAUGGUCUUGUGGCCAAAUCAGCUGAAUUCACCAUAGAUACCAAAGGAGCUGGCACUGGUGGGCUGGGUCUCACCGUGGAAGGUCCAUGUGAAGCCAAAAUUGAAUGCUCAGAUCGAGGGGAUGGAACCUGUUCUGUCUCUUAUUUGCCAAAUGAAGCUGGUGAAUAUCUCAUCAACAUUUUAUUUGAGGAAGUUCAUAUUCCAGGGUCUCCUUUCAAAGCAGACAUUAAACUACCUUUUGACCCAACCAAAGUUGUUGUUUCUGGUCCUGGUCUGGAGCGUGGAAAGGUUGGAGAAGCUGCAAUACUUAAUGUUGAUUGUUCAAAGGCUGGCCCAGGUGACUUAACAGUGGAAACUGUAUCAGAAAAAGGUGCUAAGACUGAAACCCAUAUUCAGGAUAAUAGUGAUGGUACUUAUAUAGUGAGCUAUAUUCCACUGCAGCAUGGUAUGUACACAAUUGAACUCAAGUACGGAGGACAGACAGUACCCAAAUUCCCAGCACAUGUACAGGUGGACCCAGCAGUUGAUACUAGCAAUAUUAAAGUAUAUGGACCAGGCAUUGAAGGGCGUGUUUUCUGUGAAGCUACCACUGACUUUACAGUAGACUCCAGUUCACUGACUACAAUUGGAGGAAAUCACAUCAAAACAUCAAUUGCAAACCCUUCUGGUGCUCGGACGGAUUGUUUGAUCAAGGAUAAUGGCAACGGCACUUAUGCCGUGGAAUACACGCCUUUUGAAAAGGGUGUUCACACAGUUGCGAUAAGCUAUGAUGAUGCGCCUGUACCAAAAAGUCCCUUUGAGGUCGAAGUCGCAGAAGGAUGUGACUCCUUGCGUGUUCGUGCUAUUGGACCUGGACUUCAGGAGGGGAUCACUAAUAAACCCAACAAAUUCUCUGUGGUAACCAGGGGGGCAGGAACUGGUGGUCUUGGUAUUACUGUUGAAGGACCUUCAGAAGCAAAGAUGUCUUGUAAGGACAACAAAGAUGGCAGUUGCAGUGUUGAAUACAUCCCUUAUGCCCCUGGAGAAUAUGACUUGAAUAUUACCUAUGGAGGACAACACAUACCUGGCAGUCCAUUUAAGGUACCAGUCAAAGAUGUUGUGGAUCCAAGCAAGGUUAAGUGCAGUGGGCCUGGGCUGAGUUCAGGAGUCCGGGCCAAAGUUCCACAGGAAUUCACUCUAGACUGUAGUAAGGCUGGGAAAGCUCCUCUUGAAGUGGUUGUGCUGGGACCAAAAGGCACGAUUGAGCCUGUUGAAAUUAUUGACAAUGGUGUUGGAACUUACACAGUCAGAUACACGCCUUCACUUGAAGGGCCUUACUCCAUUUCCGUAAAGUAUGCAGAUGAAGACAUUGCUCGCAGUCCUUUCAGAAUGAAAGUACUGCCAACUCAUGAUGCCAGCAAAGUAAGAGCCAGUGGACCAGGCCUUAAUGCCACAGGUGUACAGGCCAGCCUACCUGUGGAAUUCACAAUUGAUGCCAAAGAUGCUGGAGAAGGACUCCUUUCUGUACAAAUCACUGACCAAGAAGGAAAGCCCAAGAAGGCGAAUAUCCACAACAAUAAUGAUGGCACAUACAGCGUUUCCUACAUACCAGAUAAGGCUGGACGUUACACUAUCGUCAUCAAAUAUGGUGGAGAUGAGAUCCCCUCGUCGCCUUACCGAAUCCGUGCGGUAGCUACUGGUGAUGCCAGCAAGUGCACAAUGUCAGGGCCUGGUGUUGGACCCACUGUUCAGUUGGGAGAAGAAUUGGGGAUUGUGGUUGAUGCGAGAACUGCAGGCAAAGGCAAGGUCACUUGCAUAGUCUCCACCCCUGAUGGAACAGAAGUGGAGGCAGAGGUUGUUGAGAAUGACGAUGGAACAUAUAACAUUUUCUAUACUGCGCCUGAGAAAGGAACCUACGUUAUUUACGUGCGUUUUGGAGGAGUAGAUCUUGUGAACAGUCCACUCCAUGUAGUGGCCACAGAUGAAGUUCCAAUAGUGCCGCAGCAACUAGCACAACAGCAGCAAACUCUAAAUGCGUAUCCCCCUGGCUUCCAACCCUGGGUUACAGAUGGUUCUUACCUGCCAGUGUCCGAAAUGGAUGGUGUGGGCUUCAGACCUUUUGAUAUUGUCGUUCCUUUUUCUCUCAGAACUGGGGAGAUCACAGGUGAAGUUCAAAUGCCUUCUGGCAAAACUGCUACACCAGAAAUCACUGACAAUAAGGAUGGUACAGUCACUGUUAAAUAUGCUCCCAUAGAGGCUGGAUUGCAUGAGAUGCACAUCAAGUACAAUGGCAAUCAUAUCCCAGAGAGUCCAUUGCAGUUCUAUGUGAACUAUGCAAGCAGUGGACAUGUGUCUGCAUAUGGCCCAGGACUCGUCUAUGGUGUUGUGAACAAACUAGCCACAUUCACAAUCGUAACAGAAGAUGCUGGAGAAGGUGGUCUGGACGUAGCCAUUGAGGGGCCUUCCAAGGCUGACAUCAGCUGUACGGAUAAUAAGGAUGGCACCUGCACAGUCUCUUACCUCCCGACCUUCCCAGGAGAUUACAGUAUUCUUGUUAAAUACAAUGAGAAGCAUAUCCCUGGAAGUCCUUUUGCUGCCAAGAUUACAGAUCCCACCUUGCGAAGGUCACAGGUUAAAGUUGGCUCAGCCGCUGACAUCUCCCUGGAUAUCAAUGAAAGUGACCUCAGCCUGUUAACAGCAAACAUUAAAGCACCGUCUGGCCGAGAUGAACCAUGCCUGCUGAAGAGACUGCCCAACAACCAUAUUGGAAUCUCCUUCAUCCCACGGGAAGUUGGUGAACAUCUUGUCAGCAUUAAGAAAAAUGGUAUACAUGUGGCAAAUAGUCCAAUUACCAUCAUAGUUGGGCAAUCUGAGAUAGGAGAUGCCAGCCGAGUCAAAGUCUGUGGAGAAGGUCUGAAGGAGGGCCGGACAUUCGAGAUGUCUGACUUCAUCGUGGAUACACGAGAUGCAGGUUAUGGUGGGCUUGCGCUAUCCAUUGAAGGCCCCAGCAAGGUAGACAUCAACACAGAAGAGACUGAGGAAGGUACCUGCAAAGUUUUCUACUGUCCAACCGAACCUGGCACUUACAUUGUUUACAUCAAGUUUGCUGACGACCAUGUACCAGGAAGUCCAUUUACAGUGAAAGUAACAGGUGACGGACGAAUAAAGGAAAGCAUUACUCGUAGACGAAGGGCUGCAUCAGUAGCAACUGUUGGAAGUAUCUGUGACCUAAACUUGAAGAUUCCAGAAAUCGACAUCAGUGACAUGUCUGCUCAAGUAACCAGUCCUUCUGGAAUGAUUGACGAUGCAGAGAUUGUUGAAGGUGAAAAUCAUACCUACUGCAUCCGGUUUGUGCCCCAUGAGAUGGGUGUGCACACAGUUAGCGUGAAAUACAGAAAUCAGCAUGUACCAGGCAGUCCAUUCCAGUUUACAGUUGGCCCACUAGGUGACGGAGGAGCCCACAAGGUGCGAGCUGGUGGCCCAGGUCUCGAACGUGGAGAAGCAGGAGCCAUAGCUGAGUUCAGUAUCUGGACCCGGGAAGCUGGUGCGGGUGGCCUUUCUAUAGCAGUAGAAGGACCCAGCAGAGCAGACAUCUCAUUCGAAGACCGGAAGGAUGGAUCUUGUGGUGUGUCUUACACCGCACAAGAACCUGGUAACUAUGAUGUGUCGAUCAAAUUCAACGAUGAGCACAUCCCUGGCAGCCCCUUCCUUGUCCCCAUCACUACUUCAUCAGAUGACGCACGCAGACUUACUGUUGCUAGCCUUCAGGAGUCAGGGUUAAAACUUAAUCAGCCAGUUUCCUUUGCUGUGAGAUUGAAUGGUGCUAAGGGUUUACUUGAUGCCAAAGUUCACAGCCCUUCUGGAGCAGUGGAAGAAACCUACGUAUCAGAAAUUGAGCAAGAGAAGUAUGCCAUUCGUUUCAUCCCUCACGAGAAUGGUAUUCACACUAUUGACGUCAAGUUUAAUGGCAGUCAUAUCACUGGCAGUCCAUUCAAGGUUCGCGUUGGGGAACCUGGGCAGACUGGAGAACCAGGCCUUGUUUCAGCCUAUGGAAUAGGUCUGGAAAAAGGCACCACAGGUACCCAGUCUGAAUUUACUGUUAAAACAACAAAUGCAAGUCCUGGAUCACUUGCUGUUGCAAUCGAAGGACCAUCUAAGGUGAAGAUGGACUGCCAAGAGUGCUCUGAAGGCUACAAGGUUCUGUACACACCAAUGGCACCAGGAGACUAUCAAAUUGGCAUUAAAUAUGGUGGCCCUCACCAUAUUUUAGGUAGUCCUUUCAAGGCAAAGGUCACAGGUCCUCGUCUGGUUAGUGGUGGCAGCACACAUGAAACUUCUUCAGUCUUGGUAGAAUCGGUGACCAAGUCAUCCAUUAGCAGCUCCUACAGUGCUGUACCUAAGUUCUCUUCUGAUGCCAGCAAAGUAGUAUCCAGAGGUACUGGUCUCAGCAAGGCACAUGUGGGACAGAAAAGCAGCUUUACAGUGGACUGCAGCAAAGCAGGAACAAAUAUACUGCUGGUUGGUGUCCAUGGGCCAACUAUUCCUUGUGAGGAGGUCUCUGUGAAACAUGUGGGAAAAGAACAAUAUAACGUGACCUAUGUAGUCAACGAGAAGGGACGCUACACUUUGGUGGUAAAAUGGGGUGAAGAGCACAUUCCUGGUAGUCCAUUCUGUAUCACAGUACCAUAAAGGCCACCUCCCAUUUUCAACAAUGGAACACUCCAAUUCACAGCCUUGAGUUUUUAGAAGAUGCCACAAUUGCAUAAAAAAUAUCUACUAUGAGGUGGACUCCAUUAGUCUUACAAUGCUCUUAGUAUCAGCUGGUUUAAAGGAUAGAUUGGGUAAAAGUAACUAGCUUUACCAUAAUUCUCAUUGUGUAGAAACAGAAUAUAGUAUGGAUUUUGUAUAAAUAUGAGCUAAACUGACAAUUGUAAAACUCGAUAAAUAUGAUGGUAUUCUGGGCCUAUUUUGCAGUUUGACUGAAGCCACAGACUUUCUUGGUCUUCAGUCAAACUCAUACUGAACACUAACAUGGGCAGGAAUUGUACUGUUGAAUUUUGAAGUGAUUUAUUUUCCAGACAUGACAAAUUUCUUACUUAGUCUAAGGAACUGUAUACACUCCAGGUUGGUAUUCUAUUGGGAUCAGUUCUACUGUGGAGUAGAUUUCACCUCGGAUGUUGUUUUCACAAGGAGUGUAGAGACAGACCAAAGCUUCAUAGUAGUUGCAAGAAUCAUCAUUUAACCAGUGGAGAUUCUUGGACUCCCAAAAUUUCUGCUAAAAUGCGUAAAACACUGAUAGUCAUAAUUUUUUUGAUGGGGAAAAUUUUGCUGCCGUUGUCUUCUAUAACUUUUCUAUGUCUAGCCUUAUCUACAAUUUCUGCUUCAGAAUAUUAUGGAACUGCAGAACUUAAGGAUUGAAUGAAAAUAAAAAUGAGGGUAGCAGAAGAUUUCUUAUGUACAUUUGGGUCUGCCUUCCCAGAAGACAGGUGCCUUCCCAGAAGUAAAAUUCCUCAACUAAUGCUGUUUCUUAUAGUCUGAGCUGGAUAAACUCGAGACACAAAUCAUGCUUAUACUUCUUCCCCUACCCCCUACCACCCAUACAUUUUUUUGACAAAUAUGCUGCCAUUUUAAUGUACCUAGAAUGUGAAACCCUCUCACUUGGGCACAAUGGUGGAUGUUUUGCACUUAUUCAGUACUUCAGACUGUAUUGUAUACAGGAAAUGAAGAUUAAGUGGGAACUGUGUUUGAAAUGUCACUGUCUUCAAGCUCAGAACUUCAGCUGAAAACCAUGUGGAUUGUAUGAGAUUUUGGUCUCCCAUCUUUUGAUUUCUAAUUUCACUAAUUUGACUGACUGGUUAAUUGGGAUAAAACUGGAAAAGAUUUCCAGUCACGAUAUUGAAACACUGCACAACCUUGAUCUUGUACCUAGUUAAUAAUAGCCAAGUUAAAGUUCUCUGACCAGAUCCUUGCACAUGCUAUUUGGGUGAAACCAUAGUAAUUCAGUUUGCACAAUGUCUUAACCUGAGAUCAGACAUUACAUUACACAGAUUGUUUCGCUUAAACUGAACUUUAAGUUCUAUUUAUAUUCUGACCUUAACUCUACUAAUUGUUUUCCUUCUGGAGCUUAUUUUGUAAUUGAAUGUUGUAUCUUUACUGAUAGCAAGUUAAUAAAUCAGUGUCCUUUUUCCAUUUUACAAUGCUUUGUGCCUUACUGUGAAAGUCUUAAUGUAACUUGGAAUUGACCCAAUAAACUUUAAAUGCAAAA